AUGUCUACCCACUAUACUCCCGCCUACUCUCUGCCAAUGCGCGUGCCCACCAAGGGCGGCCAGUACUCUUCGGGCUACUCUAGCGCUUACUCGGUUUCCCCGCCGGAAAUCGAUGACGAUCUCAGCUCCACUUCGGGUGUUGCCUCCUACAGCAACAGCGGUUACGACUCUUCCUCUUAUGCCGGCAGCGGCGACUACGAUAGCGCGCAUUCCGCCAACGGAGUGGAUUUCAAUGAGUACAUGCAAGAUCGCUUCUCCAGCUCUUUUAACCCCAUUCCGCUCGACAAGAGCAUGGCCACCCAGGCGCAAACAUCCGGAAUGCUAAAUGCCAAGCACCGCGAGCUCCUUGAGCUCCAAAGAAGGCGCAGGCUCGCCUCGCGAAGACGCGAGAGCGAUUCCAAGACGAAGAUGAAGUCUCUCAAGUCCAAGGCUUCCCGCAAACAUCCCAAGGAGUACACCAAGGCCAGGACUCGAUAUCCUUCUCCCGAGUAA